AUGGCAUAUUAUACUUAUUUAAUCGAAUGGACCAGUAACGAACCAAGUGUGAAGACGGUACAGGUUACGGGAAAUUUUGACAAUUGGGCCAAAGGCAACGCACCGUUGGCUAAGGAAUCUGGUACGUUUAGGGACCAAAUCCGAGUGGACAAAAAACAGAAACUUGUGUUCAAGUUUGUUGUGAAUGGGACCGAAUGGGUUACCAGUGAAAGCUACAAGAAGGAGCUUGACGAUAAUGGGAUUGAAAACAACUAUAUUGAUGCUGAUGAGUUGGUGGAGGUCGAGAAAUUCGAGCAGGAUGCUGGCGAGACCAAGGGGGGUUCAGGAGGUGUAAUUGGGGCAGCUGGUAGUCUUGGAAAGAAUAGGGGGGUGUCUGGGGAGCGAGGUGAAGAUAUUGUGAAAGAAAAGGGGGAGAUCGAGCACAAUAAAGAUAAUGGAGAUUCUUUGACAGCCACGUCGUCAUUCGCAGCCAUUUCCACCACCGACUCUACGAGCGAUUCGAAAUACGAGCAUAUUGAUGAUGCUUAUGAGAGUCCUCAACGUGACCGUGGUAAUGUUGAAAAUGAGACCAGGCCCGGUAUGGAUGACGCCGUCGACGAUGACGACGAUCACUCCAAUGGAAAUCAAUUCAACACUCCCACCAAUUCGGUCUUCAAUUCGGAAAUACUCCCUGCCCCGGUUGAUAGGAAGUAUAAGGAUCCGGUUUCCUCUACUGCUGAUACUUCGGUGUCAAAUAUGGAUCCAAGUUCACCGCGUGUAUCUACUGGGGCAAAGCAAACUUUGUCUCAACUGAAUGGUCCUGCUAAAGAUAAGCUGACGAGUCACAAGGAUGAAAUGGUCGAAAUUUUGAAGGUUCCGGGCUCGUUCCCAUCGCCAGCUUCUUCUGAGACUGAUUCAAACGUAAAUUACUUUGACAGUAAGCCACCUGUUAAGAGAGAAACCCUCAUUUCAAGAUUUAAGAGUUUAUUCAAACCAUAA